CGCUGCGCUCCGAGUAUGCAAGAUGGCGGCGAGUGUGUUUUCAUGCUGAAUAGGUGCGGUUCCUUCUUCUGAGCGAUCGUAAUCGUAGUCGCCGCACCUGUUUCUUACGUUUCGAGUCGUGCUUACAAGAAACGCGUUCAGCGAAAGCUCGGAAUCGUUCGAACGUCGAGUCGUCGAACUCGGGAGAGACAGACUCAAAUCUCCAUUGAGCCACCCUCGAAACGCGUGUCAGCUGUCAGAUGUUUGUAUACGCGCGAUCGCGUACGACGCGUCGCGAGCUACAGACAACACGUAAUAGUGGUUCACGAUAGUGACGUCGGUUUCAUGAGACACGACCGAAUCCUUGUCGAACGAAGAGAGAGAGUCCGGCGCAGAUAUGGAGAGUUUGGAAGCUUUGGGAUGGUAUCUAUCUGAUCAUGGUUAUAAUGCGGCAACUGAUUCAGGUAAUGUGGUGGACACACAGAAGAUAGUAAAACGACUGCUAGAUUUUGAUUUGAAAGAGAUUGGCAGUGGAAAUGGAGAUAUUAAUCAGGGCAACAUUGUAUUGCAAAUACAAAAGAUACGUAAUGUAGCUGCACCCAAAGGAAAUGAGGAAUCAAAAGCAGCUCCGCGAAUGUUAAAAUUAUCGUUGACAGAUGGGAAGAAUAAUUUUCAAGCCUUAGAAAUUGAACAUAUAUCAGCUUUAAGUUUAAACACACCACCUGGUACAAAGGUGUUAAUAAAGGGUGCGCUACCUGUGUCGCACGGACUUCUUCUGUUAACACCUUCAUAUUUAGUUCACAUACUUGGAGGAAAAGUUGCCAAUUUAAUAGAAAAAUGGGAAUUAAAUAAGAAAUUAGCUUCCCAUACUCGAGUAAGAUCUGCUGAAGAAGGUGGGCCACCACCAUGGAUACCAUUUGGUAAGAAAAUUAUUAAAGUAUCAGAGCAGGAUAAAAAUUUCAAAGCCCUGGCAGAAAAGGAAAAACCUACCAAGGAAAAUAGUGAGUUUGAGGCCCAGCGCAAGGAUGCGAUAGCGGAAGCUGCCAAGCAAGGCAGUAAGAAAGUAUUUGGUGGUGGGAAUAAGCAGCUAUUGGAUUAUAGUGUACAGAAAAUCGUGGAUCGUGGAUUUACCAUAGAGCAAGCAGAAUACGCUUUAAGAGUUAAUAGAAAUAAUGUAGAUAGAGCUCUGAAAAGUCUGCUAAAGACCGACACCAAACAUAAUAACGCCAAGGAAUCUCGAGAGCCGCGUGGCAAACGGGAAAAGAAAACCGAGGAGAGUAAACCUAGCAGUGGAAAGAUAUCUCUAUUCGAUUUUCUCGAAGAUAAAUUACCUGUGCAACCCGAGAGUAUCGAAACAAUUAAUUUGUCGCAAAGCAAUUACGUGCAAAAUAACGAAAGUAAUCAGGAACGUUUUGAAUCGAGAGAUACACAAAGUGGAAGAGGUGGACGGAAUCAAAAGGGUGGUCGCAGUUACCAACCACCUCCGAGACAUUCGGAGGAACAUAGAAAUAAUAAGCGAACAAAUAACAGUAAUUCCACGACGUAUUCGCAAUACAACGGCGCUGGCCACGUGCCGCAGAACAAACCACCGCGGUUUCAACGUAACCAGGAAUCUCAGUAUCAAUAUCAACAAGACGGUGGCAGAGAAACGUAUCAGAAGUUUCAGCCGAACGAUUACAGAAAUACGAAUACUCAGUCACGUGCAAGUAAUCUAAACGCCAGUGGUAACGAUAACUAUAACAGAAUUCAAGCUGAGUUCCAAGGAAAGAAUCUCGGUAGUAACAGAAACUAUAAUCACCUCGAACCCGAGGCUGGAAAUAGGCAUUCUUAUGAUGCUUCUUAUAAUAGGCAUAAUCGAGCUCAGCAAAACGGCACCCCUAAAGUAUAUUCAUCUAAUACAACUGAGCAGAAUUUUAAGAGUCAACCCAGAUAUCAGUCAAAUGUUGGAAAUAGGAUGCCCAUGAAUCCCAACGUAUAUAGAAACGAGAAUAAUUACGAUAGCCACAAUGCUAACUCAAGUACGUGGGUAUGGCAAGUAGGUGACAAGUGUAUGGCCAAAUAUUGGGAAGACAAUAGAUAUUACAAUGCCGAAGUCACUGGCGUUUCCGAAAGGACAUGUGUAGUCCAAUUUAAAGGAUUUGAAAAUUACGAGGAAGUGCUUCAAGUAGAUUGUAUACCAAUAACAGAUGACUUUCAGAUUCAGGAUCAAAUUUCAGAUAUGAGACGGCAAGAUCAGCGUUCGAAUAACCGACAGCCACGCUACGAUCAGAGUCACAAUCACAUAAAUGUAGGUAUGGAAUUUCGACGAGGAGGAAGCGGUGCUGUCGGUGGCAAUAAAGGAUACAAUAAGAAACGAAGUCAGCAACGAAGCACACAACCAAUUUACCAACCGCCAGCACAAAGAGGCCACAAUUCUCUGCCAAUUAAUAAUCAAAAUAAUUCUCAACAUAAUCCCUUCCUUUAAUGUAACUCUAGUCUUGCAUCCUUAGUAAAAAAAAGAGUAAUUUCAGAUCUUACUAUUGAAGCAGUUGCAUUCGCUACUGAGGAUUGAUCUAACAGGUUGCCACGCUAAAGGAGAGUUUAGAUAGAUGGAGAGUUUAUAUUAACCAUUGAUAGGCAGCGAGUUGUGUGCCACAUUUGAUUUCUAUUAGAGCUGAAUUGAAUUUAAUACCAAGCAAGUUGGUUUUUCAGGAAAGGAAGGAAUUAGAAGGCUGUUACUGUAAAAUAUUGAAAUAUGUGUUCUUGGAAUAUUAAAUUACUUGUAUUGUAGGAAAAUUGAUUUUUACUACAAAAUGACACAGGGCAAUGUCUGUACCUCGUCCACUUUAGCUAUAAUACAGUUGUAAUGAAAC